AUGGUACAGCAAGAGCAGGGACCGAGUUUGCUGAUCAUUGGCGCGGGUACAUUCGGCACAUCACUUGCCGUGCACGCGUCGAAAGCCUACAGCGAUGCAUCGAAAAUCACUAUAGUUGACCGCUGGUCACCAGAUGGACGUGUGCAGGACAAGAAUGCCGCAGCAAUCGACAUCAACCGCAUUAUCCGUACCGAUUAUACCUCACCUUUGUACUGCAACCUCGCCAAUGAAGCUAUCCAUUUCUGGUUCUGGGGCAUGGAGGUGCAGGGACAUUUCCACAAAGCAGGUUGGACAGUCUUUGACGGACCAGACCAGAGUGAAGAGUUCAGAUCAGGCGUGCGCAAAACAUUCGAAGAGAGAGGAUCGAAUGUAAUCAAGGAAGUCAAUGCGAAAGACUUGAUCAAGGAGCAUGAUGUUCUGAGCGGACUCGACAGUAACAAGCUCGGGAAAGGUUACUUCAACCCUGAAGCGGGCUGGGUCGAUGCGGCAAGCGCAACCAAGGCAUACUUAAGGAUCGCGGAAAGUCGGGGCGUCAAGCGAAUCACAGGCGAAGUCGAAGAGCUACUACUUCGAGACGAUGGCAAGGGGCUAGCUGGUGCGAGGCUGCAGGACGGAACAAUAUUAAAAGUAGAUCAGGUUGUCAUUGCAGCUGGUGCCUGGACGAGCAGCUUGCUGUCGCCACUCGAGGACAGACUCAAGAUCGCGGCCGUUGAUCAAGUCGAACGCCAAGUCACAGCAGUCGGACGACUGUCAGCAUACUACGAUCUCGGUGAGGAAGAAACAAGACAUAUGAUGGAUACCAAGCUACCCAUCGUGGUAUUCGGUGGCGAGGUCGACAUCAUCCCACCUUACCACCACUUACCUUCCCUCAAGGUCAAUGACAUUAAGACUGAGUUCACCAACACUGUUACAACUGCAUCCGGCCGUCGAAUCACCGCGCCAAGUAAGAGAAACCAGAUGGAAGUCCCCGUGAAGCUCGUUCAGGAAAGCGAAAAAGUCAUCAAGAACAACAUGCCGGAGUGGACUAAGAACCGAAGCCCGGACCGGUGGCGCAUGUGCUACGACGCGGUCACACCGACUGAAGACUGGGUGCUGUCACGGCACCCUGAUGGCCGAUUGGGCAACAUGUACGUUGCGGUCGGCGGUAGCUUCCACUCGUAUAAGUUUAUGCCAAACGCAGGAAAGUACCUAUUGAAUGUACUGAAUGGAGAGAGCAACGGCGACGAGAAGGAUCGAGCGUGGAAGUGGAAGAGCGAAAAAGAGCUGAAGCAAAGAGGAGCGAAAGAAUUCGGCAACAGCCCCCGCAAUGUCAAUAGAAGGGAGUUGAGAGACUUCGAGGAGGAGAAGGCGAAAUUGUGA